ACUGGCGCUGUUCGCUGGAAGCCCGCUCCGCGCUGCCUCCACCAAGUGUGUCAACACUGUGAGCGGGAUCUCUUCCAGAGGCGAGCCGCUGAAACUUGCCCAGUCUCCACAGUCUGAUUUAGGGGAGCCCAGAGAACAGCGUCGGUGGCUGAUACUAGGCAUUUUCUUCACAUCUCCCUGUCAGACAGACACUGAAAAAAGCCCCCGCUCUGUGUUGUCACUCUCAGUCACCCAAGUCUUCUUCUUUUUUUUUUUUUUUUUUGUUAUUUAUUUAUUUUUUAUUUUUGCUUUUUAUUUUUUCAUCGCUGUUCUUCUCAUCUUGUUUGUCGCUGCUGCAUCGGGAGGGAGUGCGCGGCGGAGCGCUGCGACUUGAUGAGGCGCUCAGAGAGGUGGUGUGAGGUGUUGAUGAGUUAGGACUGAGCGCUGAGCAACACCUUGCAUGCCAUGGAAGUGCGUGUCCGGCGACGGGGGGAUGUGUGCGGGCUGAGAGGGGGACUCUUCGCCUGAUAGCCAGCCGCUCUGUCCCAGAUUAAAGAGAGAGGGGGGGAGCAUGCCUCAGACCUGCAGACCAACUCUCUUCUCUGCAGAGGAGUUCCCACCAGACUGUCUUUUCACAAUCUGACAUUUUUUUCCCCCCACAAAUCACAUUCAAUUUCUUUCCGAACUGACUCUUUUAUUUGUCAUUUUGGCGGCUCCACUGCUUUUAAUAAAAGGGGAGAAGAUCGAUAAUGAUUAUCUCUGAGACCAGUUGGCUUGGACUUUUCUAAUCAGAAGCUGUUAGCCACAACUCUAACCUGCCAAAAAUCAUCAAUACUCAGCACCAUGGCAUGCUGCCUGCGGACACUACACACCUUUUGCUGGUUUCUCAUCACUCUAACCCAUGUACACUCCACAGAGGGGUUUAGCAGAGCUGCCCUGCCAUUUGGCUUAGUACGGAGAGAGCUGUCUUGUGAGGGUUACCCCAUUGAUCUUCGGUGUCCAGGCAGCGAUGUCAUAAUGAUUGAAAGCGCCAACUAUGGCCGAACAGACGACAAGAUUUGCGAUGCCGACCCCUUCCAGAUGGAGAACAUCAACUGCUAUCUUCCAGAUGCCUACAAGAUCAUGUCACAAAGGUGCAACAAUCGCACCCAGUGCAUUGUGAUCACAGGUUCAGAUGUCUUCCCUGACCCCUGCCCGGGGACCUACAAGUAUCUGGAGGUCCAGUAUGAGUGUGUGCCCUACAGUCCAUGUCCAACCAGAAUAGGACCAAGAACACAGAAUGUAUCCUAUCACAACUGUCCUGAAGUGGAACAAAAAGUUUUUCUUUGUCCUGGGACUCUGAAAGCUGUCGGUGAGCCGUCCUUUCGGUUUGAAGUGGAGCAGCAAGCUGGGGCCUGGUGCAAAGACCCGCUUCAAGCUGGCGACAAAAUCUACUUCAUGCCUUGGACUCCUUACAGGACAGACACAUUAAUUGAAUAUUCAUCCCUGGAUGACGUCCAAAACGCCCGGCAGACCAUCACCUACAAGCUGCCUCACAGAGUGGAUGGGACUGGAUUUGUGGUCUACGAUGGGGCCGUGUUUUUCAACAAGGAGCGCACGCGCAACAUUGUGAAGUUUGACCUGCGGACUCGGAUCAAAAGCGGCGAAGCGAUUAUCAAUAACGCCAACUACCACGACACGUCGCCCUACAAGUGGGGGGGCAAAACAGACAUCGACCUGGCGGUGGAUGAGAACGGGCUUUGGGUGAUCUACGCCACCGAGCAAAACAAUGGCAUGAUGGUUAUCAGCCAAUUGAACCCGUACACACUUCGGUUUGAGGCUACCUGGGAAACUGCGUAUGAUAAGCGCUCAGCCUCCAAUGCCUUCAUGGUUUGUGGAGUACUGUACGUUGUGCGCUCCACCUAUGAAGACAAUGAAAGCGAGGUCAGCAAGAGUCUGAUAGAUUACAUUUAUAACACCAAACUGAAUCGUGGGGAAUUUGUUGAUAUCCACUUUCCCAAUCAGUACCAGUACAUUGCAGCUGUGGAUUAUAAUCCCAGAGAUAACCAGCUCUAUGUGUGGGAUAACUUUUACGUUCUGAGGUACAACCUGGAGUUUGGCCCACCUGACCCAGCACACGCUCCCCCUCUGUCGGAAGUCACUACGGCCACGCAGCCUCUGAGAACUACGACCGUCACUACAACAACCACAGCGCACUGGGGCGCGGUCAACACUACCACAACAGUGCUUAAAGGAGGCAGCAGGCGAGCGCCCAGGCCUCCGCCUGUAAUCCCACAGACAACUUCUCCUCCGCCUCUGGAGUCCUUCCCCUUACCUGAGCGUUUCUGCAAGGCCACUGAGAAAAGAGACAUAAUGUGGCCUCAGACCCAGAGGGGCAUGCUCGUGGAGCGACCUUGUCCCAAGGGAACACGAGGCACGGCAUCUUAUUUAUGUCUCCUUUCCACUGGGGACUGGCACCCAAAGGGCCCUGAUCUUAGCAACUGUACCUCCCACUGGGUCAACCAGCUGGCCCAGAAGAUCCGCAGCGGUGAAAACGCAGCUAACUUGGCCAACGAGUUAGCCAAGCACACCAAAGGGCCGAUCUUCGCCGGUGACGUCAGCUCCUCUGUGCGUCUGAUGGAGCAGCUGGUGGACAUCCUCGACGCUCAGCUGCAGGAGUACAGGCCCAGCGAGAAGGAUUCUGCUGGAAGGAGCUUCAAUAAGCUUCAAAAACGAGAAAGGACAUGCAGGGCAUACAUGAAGGCCAUGGUGGACACAGUGGACAACCUUUUGCGACCAGAGGCCCUGAAGUCGUGGCACGACAUGAACAGCACUGAGCAAACUCACGCUGCCACCAUGUUACUGGACACUCUGGAAGAGGGCGCCUUUGUCCUCGCCGACAACCUCAUGGAGCCUGCAAUCGUCAAGGUUCCCGCAGAUAAUAUAAUCCUGGAUGUGUAUGUGCUCAGCACAGACGGCCAAGUCCAGGACUUUAAAUUCCCACAGUCGAGCAAGAGUGGGAUCUCAAUCCAGCUGUCUGCCAACACCGUCAAGCUCAAUAGUCGAAAUGGAGUUGCCAAGCUAGUUUUUGUGCUGUACAAAAACCUGAGCCAGUUCCUCGGCACCGAAAACGCCACCAUCAAGAUGGCCAACGAGGCCUAUGGUCGCAACGUGACUGUGGCCGUCAAUUCUGACAUCAUCGCCGCCUCGAUCAACAAGGAGUCCAGCCGCGUGUUUAUUAAUGACCCCGUCAUUUUCACCUUGCAGCACAUUGACAUGGAGCACUACUUCAACUCCAAUUGCUCCUUCUGGAAUUACUCAGAGAGGAGUAUGAUGGGGUACUGGUCCACCCAAGGCUGUAAACUUCUGGACUCCAAUAAAACACACACCACCUGUGCAUGCAGCCAUCUCACCAACUUUGCCAUUCUUAUGGCACAUCGGGAAAUUUCAGGCAGUGUCCGAGAUCACCACGAGCUGCUUCUUACCGUCAUCACUAGGGUCGGCAUUGUGGUGUCCCUUGUUUGCCUGACUAUCUGCAUCUUCACCUUCUGCUUUUUCCGGGGCCUGCAAAGCGAUCGGAACACCAUCCACAAGAAUCUGUGCAUUAAUCUCUUCAUCGCAGAGUUAAUAUUCCUAAUUGGUAUCGAUAUGACAGAACCCAGGAUUGGAUGUGCCAUCAUCGCUGGGAUCCUCCAUUUCUUCUUCCUAGCUUCCUUCUCCUGGAUGUGUCUAGAGGGAGUGCAGCUAUACCUCAUGCUUGUCGAGGUCUUUGAGAGCGAAUACUCGCGGAAAAAGUACUACUACGUGUCGGGGUACCUCUUCCCCGCCAUCGUGGUUGGUGUCUCAGCAGCCAUUGACUACGGGAGCUACGGGACCCAAAAAGCGUGCUGGCUGAGUGUGGACAAUCAUUUCAUAUGGAGUUUUAUAGGACCUGUCACCUUUAUCAUCAUGCUCAAUCUCAUCUUCCUGGUAAUCACGAUGUACAAAAUGGUGAAGCACUCUACCACCCUGAAACCAGACUCGAGUCGACUGGAAAACAUAAAUAAUUAUCGCGUUUGUGAUGGCUACUAUAAUACAGAUUUGCCUGGCUAUGAAGAUAAUAAACACUUUAUCAAGUCUUGGGUCAUGGGAGCGUUCGCCCUGCUGUGCCUGCUGGGUCUCACGUGGUCCUUCGGCCUCUUCUUCAUCAGUGAGGCCUCCAUUGUCAUGGCAUACCUGUUCACGAUAUUCAACACCUUCCAAGGAAUGUUUAUCUUCAUUUUCCACUGCCUUCUUCAGAAAAAAGUCCGCAAAGAGUACAGCAAGUGCUUCCGCCACACGUACUGCUGCAGGGGGCUGCCGACCGAGAGCUCGCACGGUUCCACAAAGACGUCCACGACACGGACCAGUGCGCGCUACUCUUCUGGUACACAGGUAGACCAGCAGCUUUACACAAGUCGUAUCAGGAGAAUGUGGAAUGACACCGUAAGAAAGCAAUCUGAGUCCUCCUUUAUCUCAGGUGACAUCAACAGCACCUCCACCCUUAACCAAGGAAUGACUGGGAAUUAUCUACUAACAAACCCUCUCCUGCGACCACAAGGCACUAACAACCCUUAUAACACCUUACUGGCUGAGACAGUCGUGUGUAACACCCCCACAGCUCCAGUGUUUAACUCACCAGUGACCUACAGAGAGACAAGGCACUCACUGAACAGUGCGGUGAGGGAUACAAGUGCAAUGGAUACUCUACCGCUAAAUGGUAACUUUAACAAUAGCUACUCACUCCGUAACGGGGACUUUGGCGACAGUGUGCAAGUAGUAGACUGCGGACUCAGCCUGGACGAUGCUGCCUUUGAAAAAAUGAUCAUCUCCGAGCUUGUGCACAACAACCUGCGUGCCUGUAACAAAAGCCACCAACAGCAGCAGCACUCCAGUUUACGUCAUCCGCCCCACCGCCAGCAGCCGCCUCCGCCGCCGCAGUACCACCAUUACCACCACACGGAGCGGGCUCCCCCCAAGGUGACAGUGGUAGGUGGCAGCAGCAGCGAAGACGACGCCAUUGUGGCUGACGCUUCAUCUUUGGUCCAUGUAGGCGAUGCGGUGAGCCUGGAGUUGCACCACCAGCCAGAGCUGGAAGCGCCCCUCAUCCCCCAGCGGACUCACUCGCUUCUGUACGCACCCCAGAAGAAGGUGAGGACCGACGGGGGAGUCGACACCUUUGUCAGCCCACUGACGACAACCAACCAGGACGACAGUCCGCAGUCUCCAAACAGAGACUCUUUGUACACUAGUAUGCCCAAUAUUAGAGACUCUCCAUGCCCAGAGAGCAGCCCUGAUGUCGUGGAGGAUGUCGCCUCCACCAAAGGGAGUGAGAAUGACGAUGUUUAUUACAAAAGCAUGCCCAACUUAGGGGCUGGCCACCAGCUCCAGGCCUAUUACCAGAUAGGCCGAGGGACCAGCGAUGGCUACAUUAUUCCAAUUACUAAAGAGGACUGCAUCCCUGAAGGUGAUGCACAAGAAGGACAGAUGCAGUUAGUGACAAGCCUUUAAAUGUAUUUAAAUCAUCCCCUUAUCCCUGCUGCCCUGACACAAACCUGACCUCUUUCAGGCCACACACGAACACAUUGAAGGCAGGACAAGUGUUUUGUUUAAUUUUUUAAGAGAGCCCAAAAGUUUUAGCAUUCUCUCUCUCUCACACACACACACACACACACACACACACACACACACACACACACAUAUGCUUGACAUCUACAGACUUCCCCUCCGCCAUCCGUGUUGCCAUCUUCUUCCCUGCAGACUCAGACAUACGGCACAGUAACAGCAGCGCAACAUUUUCAAGAAACUGUACAUAAAACGAAGAGUCAGAUUUCAAUUUUAAGAGACAAGCCAACAAUGUAUUUAAAUGUGCUGCUGCUGUUGAGUUAUUGAGACAACUGAAGGUGUGAAAAUAUAAAAAGAGUAAAAAAAAUAUAUAAAAUCAACAAAGAAAAAAAAAAAAAUCAGGUGACAUCCAAACAGCAAUUUCCCUCUCAAAAGGUUGUACAUACACUUCCCAACAUCCAAGUUGAACCAUCUUCUUUUUUUCUUUUUUUUUUUCCUUUACACCCCUGGACCAGGACAUGGACAUGUUUGUUAACAAUGUUCCUAAUCAGACUGUUAGAAAAGGAAUAUCAGGUCCUGGCUGCUUCCCAUCACCAUCAAGUUUGGAUUGUAUAACCACUAGCAAUCAAGCCCCUGGCCUUAUAUUUUCUCAACUGUUCUUUGAACUGUUGUCAAGGAGAAACUGCUCAAAUAUAUAUUUUGUUGUAUUGCUAGUGUAAAAUAGGCAUUCAUUGGGGUGGGGGGUGGCAAAAAGCAUAAUUAUAAAGAAACCUUUUAUUUGCAAAAUUUUAACACUUGAGAGACUAUUGUGUAAAAGUUGCACAUAUGUUAUACAGUGUGUUUAUGGUACCAACACUUCAUUCAAGGUUGUAUGGUUGAGCAUAAAGGCCUAUUAAAAGAAAUGAGUCAAACAAUGCAUCGAAUUUUCAAACUUGCAACCAGUGUUUUGUUCAGUUCUUUUCUCUUAACAAUUUCAGUUAAUGUUGUUCUUUGGAAUAUCUUUAUCUGAUUUUGCCAAAGUGGCAUUGCUUUAGUAGAAACGAAUAGCAACAACCAGUUAAGGUAAUUUAUUCAUUGCACAUUCUUUUGUUAUUAUUUUGAUUAAAAUAUUUGUUUUAACAGUCACAGCAGAGGGAUGGGAAAGUGUUGCUGAGAUAAAACCGACAAUAAAGUUUUUAUCUUCAAUGUUGUUCUUCCGCUCCAGUUUAAAUAUUUUAUUUAUUAAAAUCUUUCCAAAUAAUGAAUAAAUAAAUAAAUUGGGAAAUGUGUGAAUAGUUUCCCACACUGGUAUACAUGCUGUACUGUAGCUCAUGUUUUUUAUGUAAACAUAAGGGGCUUAUCACUUAAGACUGAUGUAAAGUUCAACACUUGUUUAACAAAUACAAUAAAUGUGAGAUUUUUUGUCAACAGACAAGUUGCUUUUUUAAUGGCUUGUGUUUUUAUGUCUAGAAAGGAGGUUUGAUCAUAUUGCUAUAGACAUAAAAUACUUUUGACUCAGGUUCUUAGUAAGUUCCGAGCACCUUGAAAGGCAAACUGAUAAAUCUUGUUUUCUGGGGGAUUUUAUUUUCCUUCUGUUUUCCCUGUUAUCUAUUCAAUCGCUGCAAAGUAGAGUGAGCUCACCAUGUGUGUUAGAGAAGCCAAAUCUGUCCAUGUGAUUUAAACAUGAGAAACUCAGGUAGGAAAAAAUGCAUUGUAAAUGUUUCUCUGUGUGGUUGUACCACUAAUAAAGGUUAAAAAAAAUA